ACACACACACACGCAAACGGAGCCGAAAGCUCGCUCCGCUCAGUCGCAGUCCCGGUCCUUUCCCUGCUGGUGGAUCGGAGCGAAGAGGCCACGGGCCGGCGUUGGUACACUUCUCCAGGCCAGACGCUCUCUCCUGACCUUAGCCGCAGUAAGACAGACAGACGGGGAGGAAUACUGAUGGCUGUGACCGACAUCCCAGAGGACGACCUGGAUGAGAUGAUGCGUGAAGAAGCGGAGGACGUCUUCUAUGAAGACGGAGUUUCUUCCCGCGUGCCGGAGAUCAUGGCGGCCGGCACCCACUCCCCCGGAGGGCCCAACGGCAUCAUACGGAGCCAGUCAUUCGCCGGAUUCAGCACUCUGCAGGAGCGGCGCUCUCGGUGUAACUCUUUCAUGGGCAACUCCGCGGUCCCGAAGAAGCCUCAGUCCAAGCCCAAGAAGCCCCACCUGUCGGGCCACAAGGCCGGCAGCAGCUCCAGAGAGCCACAGCCCAAAAGACUGGAGGAGGUUUACACGGCACUCAAACAAGGCUUGGAUGAAUAUCUUGAAGUUCAUCAAACAGAGCUGGAUAAACUUACAUCGCUAAUGAAAGACAUGAAGAGGAACUCUCGCCUGGGAGUGCUGUAUGAUCUUGACAAGCAAAUCAAAAGCAUUGAGAGGUACAUGAGACGCCUCGAGUUUCACAUCAGCAAGGUGGAUGAGCUGUAUGAAGCUUUCUGCAUCCAGAGCCGCCUGAGGGACGGCGCCAUCAGGAUGAAGCAAGCCUUCUCCUCCUCUCCCUCCACCAAAGCCACCAAAGAGAGCAUCUCAGAGGUCAACCGCCGGUACAAGGAGUACACUGAGAACAUGAGUGCUUUUGAGAGCGAACUGGAAAAUCUGCUUGGGGAGUUUCACAUCAAAAUGAAAGGAUUGGCAGGUUUCGCUAGGCUCUGUCCUGGAGACCAAUACGAGAUUUUCAUGCGGUACGGUCGGCAGCGCUGGAAGCUGAAGGGUAGAAUCGAAGUGAACUCGAGGCAAAGCUGGGACGGAGACGAGAUGGUCUUCAUGCCCCUCAUCUCCGAUCUCAUCAACAUCAAGGUGACCGAGCUUAAGGGUCUGGCCACCCACAUGCUUGUGGGCAGCGUCAUCUGUGAGACCAAGGAGCUGUUCACAGCCAUGCCCCAGGUGGUGGCUGUGGACGUCAAUGACCUGGGAACAAUCAAACUCAACCUGGAGGUGACGUGGUACCCCUUCGACGUCGAAGAUCUGACUCUGUCAUCCGGCAACUUGAGCAAGGCUGCAGCUCUCCAGAGACGGGUGUCGGUCUACAGCCAGGGUACUCCAGAGACCCCCACCUUCCAGGACAGCUCUUUCUUUUGGCCGCCAUAUCCCGUCGAGCGCCAGCGCCUCUCCUUCCUCCACAUGCUGCGAGAAACGCUGCUGGAGAAGCUAAGGCGCAGCCGCUCUUUUGGUGACCUGGCCUUGCUGCGGCCAAGGCCCAGAUCCAGUCUGGAGGUCUAUUCCACUUUACCGGACGAUGUCUUUGAGAACGGCGGCUGCGGCGUGGCCGAGUGCAAACGUCUGUCCUUCACCUUCUCUGACACCUCGGGCUCGUCCCCCAGCCCCGCCCAGAGCUCCUUCUCCCAAAGCCAGUCCAACCCCGAGAUCACCGUCACUCCUCCAGACACCGAUUCGUUGCCCACCCCCAUCCUCCACACCAGGGAAGACUCCAUUGCAGAGGAGCAUUUAGUGGAGGAGGAGGAGGAGGAGGAGGAGGAAGAGGACGUGUAUGAGGAGGACGGGGAGACGGACAGCAGAGGGAGCAGGAACAGUGCCAGCCUCGCCAGUGACGACGCGGACGUUGCCGACUCGGAGUGGGAGCGCACGGAGUCCCAGCGCAAUUCCAUGUCCAACUGCGGCUCGGCUGCGGCGUCGCUGUGUUCUGACGGACGCCUGUCCACGGUGGCUCCGGAGGACGUCUUCCUGGAUCACGCUGACGAGCUGAAGCCGGUGGAGCUGGACACAGAGGAGCCGGGCAACCUGACCAGACAGCUGGUGAAGAGGCUGACGUCUUCGGAGAUCGUCUCGCCGGCCGGAGGCUCGGCGGAGGGCGGAGGGAGCCUGGGCUGGGCGGGAGAGGGGAGCAGGGCUUUCCUGGAGAGCAGCCUGGAGGAGGCCAUCCACAGCCUGCUGACAAAGCUGGAGUCGCUGACGCACCGCUGCAGGGAGCUUCAAGACCUGGAGCAGGAAGUGAUGCGCCUGGAGGACCUCCUCAAGUGUCGUCUGCCGGGACACAGAAGUCGGUCGUCCAGCCUCAGCCUGACGGUGGAAAGCGCCCUGGAGAGUUUCGACUUCCUCAACACGUCUGACUUCGAUGACGACGACACUGGAGACGACAACACUGGCAUCAGCAGCCCCCCACAGAAGUCUCCCCCCUUGGAUACAGAGGCAGAAAGGAUUGAGAACCAACACCCAGAGGCCAGGGGACACCUGAGUGAAGCCCUGACCGAGGACACCGGCGUUGGGAACAGCGUAGCAGGGAGUCCGAUGCCGCUCACCACUGGAAACGAAAACCUGGACGUGGCCAUCGUCAUCCACCUUCAGUACUGCAUUCACCUCAUCCAGACGUUGACCAGCAGCGUGGGCGUCUGGCGGCGCCGCGGUGUUCUCCUCAAGCUGUCCAGACAGACGCAGCUGCUGGAGGAGCUCGCAGAGAUCAGCGGGGACAGGCUGGGAGCCGUCACCUCCGCCGCUGAUGUCCUCCCGAGCCUGGCGGAGCGCCCCCAGCUGAUGACUCUGUGGUCAGAGUGCAGCGGCUCUGCGGGGCUUUUCCACACCACGCUGGACCGAGUCUUCAGACACAUGAACCAGCGCUACGCGGCGGUGCUGCAGAAGACACACCCCCAUGGCGCCGACACAGUGAUUGGCAUGGUUGUGGGUGAGAUGGUGGACAGGAGCAACCUAGCUGCGGCACACGGCCCCCCUGCUCCUGCUGCUGCUCCUGCUGCUCCUGCUGCUGCGCUGUCCGAGGACGUCCUGACCGUGUUUCAGUUCCACAGCUACGUCUUGCAGCACGACGUUCAGGACAUGGAGAUUCACCUGUUGCACUUGGCCAGAGAAGAGGGCUUUGCGGCGGUCCUGUGCAGUGGUGAUCACUCUGUGUGUCUAGCACAAAUGGAGGAGGUGCCUUGGUCAACUCUCUGGCCUCUGAACAGCACCCUGAGGGCCCUGGCCUCCCUGCUCACCGCAGAGGACCCCCAGGUCAGCAAGGCAGCGGCCAACUACCUCUCCUCUGGAGCAUCAGACAGACACUUCAGGACCAGGGCGGUGGAGUACUACACCCAGGCUCUGUCGGAGGCUGGGGAUCAGAGCCAGAGGGCGGCCUGCUCGGCUCUUAGCUGUCUUCAGGCAGUGGAGAGCCUCCGGGCCGUCGUAGCGCUGUGUGAUUCAGCUGACGAGGAGCUGCGCCAUGUGGCCAUAGAGACCCUGCUCACAUUUGGCGAAGAGGGGCGGCUGGCGUACGAGCAGCUGGACACCGUGGUCGGGGACAUGAUCCGUCUGGGCACGCGGAGAGGAAACGCCGUCACCACCGCCUUCUGAGCCGCCGAGCCACUUAAAACCUAGCGACGCCGGCCCCGAGGAGCUCUGAAGGGGACGACGUCGAGCGCGCACCGCACAACCCUCUGAGCUGCUCCGCUCGUUAGUUUCACGGGAAGAAGGGAUUCCUGUUCGCAACUGCCUCUGGAAGAGAACGAGCACCAAACAGACGGUCUUAACACACACACAACCUCUAUACCCCGUCCUGCAUCCAGACCAUGACUUGUUUUACUUUAAUAUGAGAUACUCCCCACACUCCUUACCUUGCUUUCUGAGCCAGGCAGGGCAGUAAGGCUGAACUGGAAGCGAAGCUGAGACUUGAAGCUGCUGCUGCUGCUGCACAGACUGUGGAUAUCCCUGCAAAGCAUCCUCUCCUUGUAAACGGGCACACAACAACCACAUCACCUACUGUUAAGGAAUCUGUUCAUAGCCACACACUGAUGUGUCUCUUAAUAUUUUUUGUGAUUUUUUUUUUUUUUUUUUUUUUUUUUUUUUUUUUUUAUAAUUCUUGCAGCAUGUUUUAGUUGGUGGUCCUGCGUUGAUUUUGGGUGCUUUCAGAAGAUCGCGCCACUCGGGCUUGUAAAUACAGCGUCUUUCACGCGGCUGGAAAGCACACCUGCUCGUCGCCACGGUGUAAUUUAAUCCAUGUUUUCUGGUACGUUCCGUUUGAUAUUUCAGGGAUUGUUUGCAGCGGCUGAAAGACGUGCGUCAGUGGGGGGGG